CAUCAAUUAGGCACAGGCUAUAAUUAUACAUCAGCUGACUUCAGGACAGGACCUUGACUUCAGUCUUUCACUUACAAUGGGACCGAUCGUCUCACAGUAUGUCACUCACAUCCACCUUCUCAGUUAACAGUCAAAUAUAAGUACGGUUGUAGCGAUGUAUACACUCUUCUCACUAUUGGCCAUAGCGUAUACAGUAUCUUCAACAUGUCCUAGCGCUACACUUGACUCGGGACCUAUUGUGGGAACGACCACAUCUUUACCAGAAAGUCCCAUUACAGUGAAUCAAUUCUUGGGCGUACCGUUCGCUCAACCUCCACAAAGAUUCGAGCGCGCGAAGAAGCCUGCAACAUGGUAUUCACCAUUGAAUGCUACCGUAAGGAAACCUUCUUGCAUACAGCAAAUUAAUUACCCCGAAGCGUUGUAUGAAUUCACGAAGACGUUGUUCAAUAAUCCACCACCACCAGAAAACGAAGACUGUCUGUAUCUGAAUGUUUUCGCCCCUGCCUCUCCGGCUCCUCCAGGUGGUAGAGCUGUGAUGUUUUGGAUCUACGGUGGAAACUUCAUGUUUGGCAACGCAGGGCAAUAUUAUUAUGACGGAUCACCUUUCGCUGCGUACGAAGAUGUUAUAGUAAUCACGCAUAACUAUCGGACGAACGUGUUUGGCUUUCCAUCUUCGCCCGAGAUCCCACUGGAACACCGUAACGUCGGUCUAUAUGACCAAAGACUUGCUCUCGACUGGGUGCAAAGGAAUAUCCAUGCUUUCGGCGGCGAUCCGAAGAAAGUCACUAUAUUUGGGGAAUCUGCCGGUGGUAUAUCAGUAGACAUGUUGGUCACGAGUCUCACCGAUGGAGCAGCUCCUUUCCGGGCGGCCAUCUUUCAAAGUGGCCAAGCAAGCUACCAAUUGAGACCUCCUACAAACGCUAUCACGUCUUGGGAUACUUUGGUGAAGAAUGUGAGCUGUACCGAUGCGCUCAGUCAGCUCGAAUGUGUUCGCAGAGCCCCCGUCGAUAAAAUACGCGAUGCCGAACAGUACAAUCUACUUGAAUUCAUGCCGUACGUUGAUGGUGAGACUCAGAUACGGUUCCCAGCCGCAGCUCGUAAAGCUAGGAAGAUCGCAAAUGUCCCAAUUCUUGCAGGAUCGAAUGCGAAUGAUGGCUCAACCUUUGCGCAUGGGCUCAGUAAUCUCACAGCGGUUUUGGAGGGAUACUUUCCUGGUAAUGCGACCUUGCAGAAGGAGAUUGCGGCACUCUACCCUUUGGGUUCAAAUGGGUUGACCUCUGGAAGAGAUCAGAUCAAUCAGCUUCUUACCGACUAUGGUUUCCAAUGCCCCACUCGACGCUUCAUCGACGAUUCUGCUGCCGUGGGUAUACCGGCCUGGCGCUUUUAUUACAACGCCAGCUUUCCGAACCUUGGCCAUACCCAAUAUGAAGAUCUAGGUGUCUACCACUCGUCUGAGAUCUUCUCAGUCUUCAGUACUUAUCCCAAAACGAAUGCGACCAGCGAACAGGAGAGGCUAAGCAACAUCAUGCGUUCUGCAUGGGCUCGAUUUGCGAAGGACCCGACAGGUGGGCCAGGCUGGAGUGCGGUGGGAUCAAAUAAACUGGACCUUCAAGUCCUCGGAAGUGGACAUGAGGCGACUGUGACCACAAUUGAUUCUGGUGAGGUGGACAAUCGAUGUGGAACAUUCUAUGCUGUAUAUGAUGCGAUCAUUGCAGCGUCAGAAUCCUCUCAACCUUAAUAAUGUGUUAUUUAACGCACAGUACUGAGCCUCUAUCCAGAGGGUGUCACUACCUGUGCCAAUUGGUCCAUACACUUUGUGUGUCUGAGGGCUGUGACUAUGAGAUCUGUCAUGCCGUAGUACCUACAGAAUCUUCGUUCAUCAGAACCUCUUGAGCGCACACUUGAAGGCUUCUAUGUAAUUCCGGAAAAGGCUAUAUACUACCUGUGAAAAGGGCAGGUAUAAAUAGAUAUAUAAUAUUCCUUAUAUAAGGAAUAUAUAUCUAAAUAGAGUUAUAUAAUAGGAUCUAGCCGUAAUA